UUAGUUGAGUACAAGCAACGGAAGUCAACGGUUGUGUGUUGAACGCGUAAAAAUUGUGAAUUCUCGUGCCUACCUUCGACUACUCGAGUGUUUACGAACGAUAACAAAGCAGUGCUGUGUGCUGAAUUAUUACAUACAAUUAUUGAUUUGUAACUAGAAAGUCACAAAUUACAACAAAUAAAUUGCAUAUGAGUGAUUAAUUAAUGUGUCGCUGAUUAUGUAAACGUCAAGAAAGUGUAGCAAAACAAAGAAAAAGUAUAUAAAAUAUAUUGCAUAAGUUCUGUCGAAGAAGUUCGGUUGUGCCAAAAGAUGGAUAUAGACUUAUAGUAUACCGAGAAUAAAGCGUAGUUAGAUAGCUUUAAGUGAAUCAAUUGUGAUAAUAAAAAAGAAAUUAAAUAAAAUAGCAAUAAAAUGUGUAAAACAACGAAGCAACAAUUUACAGCAAUAGUUCCGAGCUUCCACAGGACCAUUUGGAUUAUAGUCAUCUUUUCACUAGUCAACUGCCAUGCGAAGUCCUUCUUCAACCAUGGUCAACAGCAGUCACUGGCGUCGGAUCCAACAACGACGACCGAAGCGCCGCCCACAACCCCGGCGCCAACAAUGCGUGACAUAGUAAUAGGUCCUUGUCGUUGGGUGAUCGGACGCAAAUGUCCCGAUGAAGAUGUGCGUUUCUACUUGUACACGCGGCGCAAUCCGCGCAAUCGUCAGUGCUUGCACAUCGACGAGACGCUCGAUAAGUCCAAUUUGACUAGUUCCAAUUUUAAUCCGCGUUAUCAGACGAAGAUCAUCAUACACGGCUACAAUGCGGAUAUGUUUAUGAGCACCUUGCAGCGCAUGAAAUAUGAAUAUUUAAUGCGCGAUGAGUACAACAUCAUCUAUGUGGAUUGGGCUGCUCUCUCGCCAGGUCCAUGUUACAUCAACGCCGUACAUAAUACCAAGCAUGUGGGUGCUUGUGUAGCGCAGCUUGUGGAACGUAUUUUGGAGAUGGGCACCACCGAUAUGCAUGUCAUAGGAUUCUCGUUGGGCGCACAGCUGGCGAAUUAUGUUGCGCGGAAUUUGGGCUCAUUUCAGUUGCCCAGGAUAACAGGACUCGACCCCGCCAUGCCGCUCUUCAUCACCUCCGGUAUCAAUGAUAAAUUGGAUCCCAGUGACGCGGUUUUCGUGGAUGUAAUACAUACGAAUGCCUUUGUACAGGGUAAAAUCGAGCGCUGUGGACAUGCGGACUUCUAUAUGAAUGGCGGUAUACUGCAACCCGGAUGCAAUAAGGCCGGUUCAAACCCCUUCGCCUGCAGCCAUCAGCGUGCCGUUGAUUAUUUUUCUGAAUCUAUACGCUCACGUAAGGGUUUCUGGGGUUGGGCUUGCAGUUCGUAUAUCUCAUAUUUGCUCGGCAUGUGUCCACCAACAAAUUAUCUACUCGAAGCGGGCGAAGAUAUAAAGCUCAGCACGAAGGGUAUGUUUCUGGCGGAGACUAAUGAUACAGCGCCGUACGCUUUAGGCAAGUGGACCGAUUUACCGACACUGGGUAAACAAGAGUCUGUAGUUAAGAAUGGAAAAAUCACCAUAACAUUACCGCAACCAUCGGCCUUCCGUGAUCCGCUGCUGCAGCAGAUCGAUCAAUGGAAUAAAUUGGAGACAAAUUUCAAUGACAUCGAACCACAGCCAACGCCAUUUUCACAAGAUCCCAACGGCGAGAAUUGGACAUACUUUAGUGGCGCCGGCACUGGUGACAUAAUCGAUACUGCGCAGGUUGGUAAUAUACCCGACGGCAAUUCUGUGGAGGAGGAAAGUUUGGAGGAUGCGAAGAAAGUGGAUGAAAGCCGUAGAGAGUGGCAAGAAUAUCGACGGAAUUUGACCAAUGGCCAUAUAGAAAGUAGUAUUUUUAAAGUGCCUCAUAUUGAAGGUGCCGAAUUGAGUGGCAAGAAGUUGAGUAGACAGCCGCGUCUAAAAGAAAUAAACUUAAAUAAGUUAUAAAAAUGUUGAAAUAUUUGGAAAUAUAAGUUAUUUGAAAACUGUA